AGCGAGCCCGGGAUUACCUGCACAAGACUGGACGCUUCAUUGUCAUCGGUGGCAUUGUCUCGCCCGUGCACGACUCUUAUGGGAAGACGGGUCUGGUCUCAAGCCGGCACCGCCUGACCAUGUGCCAACUAGCCGUCCAGUCCUCUGACUGGAUCAGGGUGGACCCCUGGGAGUGCUACCAGGACACCUGGCAGACCACCUGCAGCGUGCUGGAGCACCACCGUGACCUGAUGAAGAGAGUGACUGGCUGCAUCCUCUCCAACGUCAACACCCCCUCCAUCACCCCCGUGAUUGGCCAGCCCCAGAAUGAGUCCUCGCAGACCAUCUACCAGAACAACAACAAUGUCUCCAACAAGCCCACUGCGGCAAAGAUCCUGGGGAAGGUGGGAGAAAGCCUGAGCCGGAUUUGCUGCGUUCGCCCGCCCAUGGAGCGCUUCACCUUUGUGGAUGAAAAUGCCAACUUGGGGACAGUGAUGAGAUAUGAGGAGAUCGAGCUUCGCAUCUUACUGCUCUGUGGCAGUGACCUGCUGGAGUCCUUCUGCAUUCCUGGUCUCUGGAACGAGGCAGACAUGGAGGUGAUCGUUGGAGAGUUUGGGAUCGUGGUGGUACCCCGGGAUGGAGCAGACCCCGAUCGAAUCAUGAACCACUCCUCCAUACUUCGCAAGUACAAAAACAACAUCCUGGUGGUGAAGGACGACUCAAACCACCCCAUGUCGGUUGUAAGCUCCACCAAAAGCAGACUGGCACUGCAGCAUGGGGAUGGACACGUCGUGGAUUACCUUUGCCAGCCCGUCAUCGACUAUAUCCUCAAGAGCCAGCUCUACAUCAACGCCUCCGGCUAAGCACCAGAGGUCUUGCAGCGAGACAGCCCUCGUGUC